CAAAAAACUUUAUAUUUAUGUUUGUUGCAAAAAUUAUUUUAACAAGAAGUGAAUUCAUGCAAUCGUCAUGGCAGAAGAACCAGCAGUAUCAAGACCAGGCGAAGCAGCGCUUAAAAACAUGCAGCUGUUGAAAAAAGAAAGCAGUGUCUUCAAAAUUCCUAAAGUGCCACAAAAAAAACCUGAAAAGCAACGAGCAACGGUUCUAGAUGAAGAGGUGUAUGUAGAGGGAAUUGCAAAGAUAAUCCAAAGAGACUUCUUCCCGGACCUAGAGAAGCUGAAAGCUCAGAAUGAGUACCUGGAAGCCUCGGAGAACAAGGACUAUACACGACUGCGGGAGCUCACGCGCAAGUACAGCGGGCAGAGGCCGCCCACUGAACCUUACAACUCCCCAGCCACUUUUGACACCCCUGACAUACACCACCAGCGCUCUCCGCCCAGAGAACAAAGCACUGAACGCGCGCCGGAAAAGCCUAGGGAUGUCACCGACAAGCACUCGCUGGACUCGUUCCUCGCGGCGCACACUAGCGAGGACAAUGCCAGCUACGACCGCGUUAUAGCGCUGGAACAGAAGAAGAAGGCAGCGAAGCUAGGCCCGGCGCUGGCGGCCGAGGCCGAGUCUCGGGACAAGGCGGACUCCGCGCUCGCGUUACCCUCCGUCGAGCAGCAGGCCGAUCAGACCGAGCGCCCCUUGGAGUUGGACACGUGGCGCUACACGGCGCGCAACCACAUAAUGUACGUGCCCGACGGCGCUCUGUCGCAGCGGCCGCCGCCGAAGCCCCGCCUGCGGCGCCACAACACGCGGCUGCGCGCCCAGCCCUUCGACCACGCCAAGAGCAAGGCGCACAUCUCCGCGCUCGCCCGGGACCAGGACUUGACCGCUCACGGCAAGAUCGGCGUGGACGGGGCCGCGCAGGAGCACUCGCUGCUGCCGCCGGCGUCUCCCGCGCCGGGCGCCGGGCCCGACGCCUCGCCGCUCAUGACGUGGGGCUCCAUCGAGGGCACGCCCUUCCGGCUCGACGGCGGCGACACGCCGCUCCCGCACGUGGGAUGCGGCGCGGCGUACCGCAUGCUGGAGUCGGGCGCCCGGGAGCGGCUCGCGCUGCAGCUGGCCGAGCGUGCGGCCCGCCGCCGCCGCCCCACCACGCCCAGCGCGCCGCCCUCGCCCAGUUUCAGAUCGAACACGGAGCGCUUGGCCAGCAUGUCCCCGGCGGCGCGGCGCCUCGCCACCCGGCACCUGGCGUCGCCGCGCCUCAAGCUCGCCCCCGCGGGCGUCGGCGUGCAGCGCCACACGCCCCGCCCCGCCCCCGCCCCCGCCCCGCGCACGCCCCUAGUGCACCCCGCCGCCGGCCCGGCCCCGACAGACAACCUGACGGAUAACCUGCUCCAGAUCAAUUUGGAGAAGAGAUCGAGAUUAACAGCGCAGGAUUUCUUCAAGUAG